AUGUGGCUUCUCGCCGGCUUCUCCAAGCCCUCCGUCAUCCAGGAGCUAGACGGAGACGGCAACGCCAUCGACCCCAACUCGUACUAUGCCAAGUUCAAGGCUGCCUUCGAAAGCGAGUGGGACAUCGUCGACGAGGGCGAGGUCGACGACGUUCUCGCCAUGCAGGUCGUCCGCAACGAUAACGGGUCCGUCACCAUCCACAUGGAGAAGUACGUGGAGAAGGUGCUGGCGAAGCCCGCCUCCCAACAACGCACGCCGGGGCGGGUCAACGACUUCCUCGAGGCGGGACAGCUGCAGCUGCACCAGGUCGCCUACCUGGUGAUGGACGAGGCGGACCGGAUGCUCGACAUGGGCUUCGAGCCGCAGAUCCGCAAGAUUGUGCGCCAAGUGCCGCCGCAGCGGCAGACGCUCUUCUACACGGCCACCUGGCCAAAGGCGCCGGGGGACACGGCGCCGGUGGACGAGGAGCGGCUCGGGCGGAUGCUGGUGCAGCGCGAGCAGGCGCGCAAGCAGGGCAACUUCCAGCUUGGGGACUCCAUCCGGGACCAGGGAUCGGCGCCGCUGAGGUCUUCGGGAGCAUGCAUGCGGGGCGCCCUCGCUCUGGGCGGCAGCCUCGAGCUUCGCUUGAGCUCGCGUGUACCCGACAGACACUGCCCCCUGACGGCCUGA